CCUGGAUGGUCCACUAAUGGGUUUGUUCAUAUUAAUUAUUUGUUUAUUUUGUCUCCAUAUGUGUAGAUAAGCAACAAAGAACAUUUGAUGUAGUUGUCUUGUUUGAUUAAGACUUCUCUUUCCAUUUUUCCUGCUACAUUUUUUCCUGGUUGUGGCUCAGGUGGAAUUGCCCAUAUCUUGUGUAAAGGAAUUUGGAUUUGUUUAUAAUGUUUUCAGGCACUCAUCAUAUGUUGUCAAGAAAUAUUGGGUGGUUAAGAUCUGUUCAAAUGCAGUCAGAUCCUGGGAAAGCUUCUGUUCGGGUGGAAAAGGAUGAAAAUGACUUAAUUGAUUCAAAUUUGGCAAGUAACCAAGAUAAUACUCAUCAGGAACAGAUAGAUCUGUCUACUUCAACCUCUUCAUCAUCGUCUUCUGAUGAUGAGUCUAUUGAGACACAGGAUCUGACUAAUGGGAAUGCUUCUAAACAAUUGGUGCUUUAUGAUCCUACAGUUAAUGGUACAGGUGAAAUUGUACCUGUCCCUGAACCUGCUCAGUGUCAGCGUCUACCAUUUGGGAGAUACUCAGGCCCAAAUAUGCAAUCUAGGGUUUUGCCAUCUGUUGGGGCUUUCACUGUUCAGUGUGCCAACUGUUUUAAAUGGAGACUCAUCCCAACAAAGGAGAAAUAUGAAGAAAUACGUGAACAUGUUCUAGAAAAUCCAUUUAUAUGUGAAAAAGCUCGUGAAUGGCGGCCUGAUAUAUCAUGUAACGAUCCAACAGACAUCUCACAAGAUGGCAGUCGGCUUUGGGCUAUUGAUAAGCCCAAUAUUGCUCAACCACCUCCUGGGUGGCAACGACUAUUAAGGAUCCGAGGUGAAGGAAGUACCAAAUUUGCCGAUGUGUAUGUGUCGAUUCCUAUUUGUUUAUUUAUAAAUUUAUAUUUUUUAAUUGUUAAUAAUAUGUUGGUUAUGUGGCUUUCUUCUUGCCACCUAAUAUAUAUUCCUUUUUGCUUUUCUUUACUUAUCAUUUGGUAUGAAAACUUUUGUUUCUUGUAAAGAAAUAAAUGGUUAGCAUCCUAGGUUGGUCCGUAUUACGUUGAGAACAUCUUCUUAUGAUCAUAUUUUCAUUAUAUAUAGGAUACUCCUCUUGGAUCAAGGCAUUUGUUAUGAUUCUUAUAACUAUCUUUGGUUUUUCUUAAGAAUACUUAAAUCUUGGAAUUAAGUCGAUGCUACUGUUGAUUAAGGAGCUAAUGGUAGUUGCAUAAGUUCUUCUAUGAGGUUCCUAGAUAUUUGACCACUAACAGUCUAUUAUGAUAAGAUUUUAUUUUGUUUAAGCAAAUUUGUUUGUCCUAUUGAGAUAUUAUCUACUUGUCUUAUGCCUAAGAGUAUAUUGACACAAGUUUAAGUGGUCUAGUAUUGCAAUUAUGUAAGCUUUUCUUGAUAAAUAACUUGGUGAUUUUCUUUGGAAAAAGGUUCUUUAUGGUACGGGGUAGUGAUGAGCAAAUAUGGCCUUCAUAAUAUAGGUUGGGAUUCUAAGAUCGUGGCUAGGAGAUCCUCUUGAAGCCCUUGGAAAUCUAUCUCCAAAGGCUGUCCUGAAUUUCUUUCUUAUGUGAAGCUGGAAGUAGGGUUGGUGAUGUAAUUUUUUUUUUUUUUUUUGGGAAGAUUCUUGGCUUCAAAAUAAUCCUUUAUUAGACAUCUUCCCUCAUUUUUAUAGAUUGUUGGGACUUCAUCGUCUCUAUCAAACUAGAGUGAUUUCUUUUGAUGGGUUUCCUCCCACAACUAGAGUUGGAAUGACCUUUUUAGGAAAUUGAAGGAGAUAGAGAUCCAUGACCUCUCUACUCUUAUGGUUAUGGUGGAUAAUGUGUCUAUUAAUGCACUUAAAGAGGAUGGAUGGGAAGUUGGGUUAAUCAGGUUUUUUCUCUUGUUAAUCCUUUUUCUCUUGGUUAAUUGUUGACCCCUCUUACUCAUCUUUUGUGCUAGGUAGAGUGAUUUGGAAGUCCAAAAUUCUUUGUAAGGUUCAAAUUUUUUGCUUUGGCUGGGCUCAAAUUGGAAUCUAUACAGUAAAUUUAUUAAAGAAAUUCUCUAAUAUGUGUUCGACUCCCUCUUUGGUUACAAUGUGUAAAAGAAACGAGAAAAACUUAGACCAAUGAUUCCUCCAUUGCCCAUUAGCUAUUGGCUUGUGGUUCAAAUUGAUACAAUACCUAAAAUUUCUUGGAUCAUUCAAAACUUACGCAAAUCCUUCUUAAAAUUCUUGGACUUUUUGGAAAUAUGUUGUUUUGGGCAGUUUUUUUGGGUAAAUUGGAUUGAGAGGAAUAGAAGGAUUUUUGGCAUUGAUACCAAGGAAGACAUGCAUUCUUUGUGGGAUAGAGUUCAACUUUUAGCUACCCUUUGGGCAUCAGUUUGUAGCAUAUUGAGAUUCUUAAUUCUUCUUCAUCAUUUAAAUUGGAAUGGAGUUUUCAGUUUUGGGCUAUGUUUAGUUUUGAUUGUUGAGAGUGUUAGCUAGACUGGUUUUUAUUUUUUAAUUUAAUUUUUUUAAAAUUUAAUGGUUGUCAUUUUGGGGCUUCUGGUAUGCCCUAUGUCGAGCUUUUUCUUGGUUUCUCAAGCUUGUUUAGUGGAUUGCUUGCUCACUUUUGUACAACUUUUUUUUUUCCCAUAAACUAGUAGUUCUUUUUAAAAAAAAAAAAAAAAAAAAAUUGUCUUGGAAACUAGAAGUAACACAUCUCCCCAGAUGGUCCAUUUUCUUCAAACAAGUUGUUAUUUGUCCAUUUUUUGACCUUCCUAAAGAAAAUUGUUCUCUUAGGGACUGCUUUAAUGCUGUCGGAGGAUUGUGGGCAAUUGUUGAGAGUUUUUGUGGAAGAUGCCUGAAUGAACUUCUCUACAAUAGAUUAUAAGGUGAAACUAGUGGUUCAUGGAGGUUUCUAUCAAGAUAUUAUGGAGAAUCUUCACUUCCAAUACUGAAGUAGAUGCCUUACGGUGUAAUUUAUCUUUUCCCUUGUUCAUUGUAAUUAGUAUUGCUAUACGAUGUAGUUUAUCUUUCUUCUACAGAAACAAGGUAAGAUGACCAUCUUCAUAGGGUAAGAUCUAUCUCAUUCCAUCUCUCCCCUCUAACAUCUAUUAACAUAAUCUCAAUUGUCAUCAGUGCAUACAAAUAUAGAAAUAUAGAAGUAAUCUCUUGCUAUGUAACUGCUCCAUAUGUACUAAGUUACUUAAAGUCCAGCAAAAUGCCACCUUUUUAGAAGUCAUAAUUUUUUCUGGGAUGGCAAAUUUGUAAAUUUUAAUAUAUCUGCAUAAUCUUUGAAGGUGAAUAUAUCUUAGCAGGUCACUAAGAGAAUAUUUAGCAAAAUGAAUGCAGUUCCAAACUUUAUCCAAGCGCUCAUAACAUCCUAUUAAAAUUCAAAAUUCGAUACAUAUGAAAUUGGAGGUAGAUCUUUGUUUAUUUCAUAUUUCUUUGGACUUUGCAAGAAUCCAUCAACAUUUCCUCCUGAUAGUUAUCCAGAGUCUGAGCAACGUGAUGAUCAUAGUAAGCAAGUAUUUUCUCUACCUCUGUUAUUAGCAGGA